AUGAACAGCUUUCUGUCCACUUAUAUAUAUGCCUUUAUGCUGUGGAUUUAUUCUGUGAGGUCGAAGACAAUCAAAAUUGACACACAGGAUUGUUUUGGAUUGCCAGAAAAUCCAUUCAUUAUCUUUGGUGCAGUGGUUUCACAUACACGCGCAAUCGGCAGAACUCUGUGUUAUUUCCAACCGUCAGAACAAAAUCAGUAUUUGAGUAUUUAUCCUACGAAAUUAGUAUUACCUAGCCAAUUUGGAACGUGUCCAGUUAUACAGAUCAAAGAAUUCACAUCUGUUAGAGAUGAACUAAUUGAUAAUAGUGACGUAAAUAUGAUUAUACCAAUGAAAGUCCCUGAUGAUACUAAGUUAAUUUUCCAAGCCAACUGUACGAAUUAUCCUUCUAUGCUAGAUAAAGUCGUGCAUACAUCAUCAUCAAAUCUAAAAAUACAAAUUUUAUUUGACCCAGCUAAUUCUGCUGCAUCAGAUGUUGCCUAUCAAUUUGUAAUAUCAUCAUACGUUUUAGGACCAUCAUAUAACUGUCCAUCAGAUACAUUUCGUUGUUGGGAUGCGGCUACUAAUUGCGUACCCGAUUCUCUAACAUGUGACACAAUUGCAAAUUGUCAUGAUGGAUCCGAUGAAAAUGGUUAUUUGUGUACUGGAAGAAUCAACGGUAUCCCUAUUCCAUUAUUUGCAAUUAUUAUAACUAUAUCAAUUUUUGGACUUAUUCUUUUGGUUUUAACUAUUGUAUUUGUUAUUCGCAAACAAAGGAAGCAUAAGCGCAAAACAGAGCAAACCUGUAGCCGAUAACAUUUUCCAGCUGAAUAAUGAAAGUAUCUUUCAUCAUUAUAAGACGGUGAAACGUUCGAGAACUUAUCGACUUCUAAGUGCUUUUAAUCUAUUUCUAACACAAAAAUGAUUCAUGGAAUAGGCUCUAUUUUUCAUCAAUGUUAUUCUGUACUAUACAGUUUCAUGAAGUCUAAAAGGAUGAAUAGUUAAAUUAACUUCACAAAAACUCCGUGUUUAAUAAACUUCAGGAAAUAAUGGGUGUUUGUAUAUUAAGAAAGAAAUUCCUAUUCAGGAUUGUAAACAUCAUGAUGUAAGUGGUGAUCUAGAAAAUCUUUCGAGUUUUGUUUAGAAUAAAAUAUAUUGAGUAUUCACUUACACAUCCGAUAAAAAUUCAUUUGAUAGCUGCGUAAUAUCUGAUAACUGUCUUAACUUUCGAAUAUUCAGUAUCUUGUCAUUGAAAACAAUACCAUUUAACCAUUGAGUCAGAAUCUAACAGUUAAUAUUUUCAAAUUCAGUAGUGUUGUUAUAUAGCGCCA